UGAGUCCCGGGUCCAUCUCUGGACUUGCAUAACCAUCUGUUUUGAGCAACGACCCCGAAAAAGAGAUCCGUCGAAUUUCUGUGGCAUCAAGGCAAUGCUUAUUCAGCUGCGACCGCUGCGACCGCUGCGACCGCGAGCCUUGCAAGUUGAUUCGGGCAAGAGGCGAAGAACAACAAAGAACAACUCGGACAUCCGCGCCAGCCUGUCAGCCUGCUUGGGGCUCAUGAUGGCGGCGAUAUCAGCCCCUAUUAAGUCCGCACUACCAUCGGUCAAGCCUGGUGUAGUGGAAGGCUGGCAAAGUGACUGCUUGUUAUCUUGUUAGCCUGGUAGCGCGCCUGAUCUUAGUGCCAACACUAGCUGAGCUAAUAAAUUGGCUCCUGGCUGCACUCCAUUUCAGCCUCACGUACGUUCCCCAGACUCUUUCAGGGGCGCCUUGGUCGCAAUCCAGUGCAGGUAUCAUGACUGAGAAGACGGUCAUACCGUCCAAGCGUCAGAAGGCGUUUCGCUCGAGAUCGAAAACGGGUUGUCGCACCUGUCGUGUGCGCCGUGUGCGAUGCGAUGAGUUCCCAGGGGCAUGUAACAACUGUACCUC